GGGCAGCGGGCUCCAUUUCUACACUGUGUAAGUUGGAUCGGCGAUCCGUUUAGUGGCAAAAAUUUGGUGCCCGCCGGCGGCACAAUUUGUCCAACGAUUCCGUUGAACUUCGCUACGGAUUCUCAAUGGCAUCAGUACUCCCAUCCUCUUCCUUCGUUAACUGAACUUCUCAAUCUCUGUUCAAUGGAUUCGUCUUCGUGCUUACACAACAAGUUCAAGUUCACUACCUGCUUGACGAAUUUACUCAGCGGACCCAUUCGUUUUUGCUUUCAGGAGCGUGCGGACCAGACAAGGUUCAGAGAAUUGGCGAAAUCAUCCUCAUUUUGCAGCAAAAUCUACUCUGAGAUAGAAGAGAUCGGAUGGGAGCACCUCGCAAACUUUUCUGGGGAUCUAAAGUUCCUUAGCUUUCGCAUUGUAGAUGGGAAUCAAAGAACCCACACAGUUGGAAUUCAGCUAGAUGAGACCUAUCCAAAAUCUGCACCUUCAGUUUCAGCGGAUGUGCCUUAUGCACUCAAUGUCAAAUGGUCAAUGAACUCAAGACUGAAAGAAUUGAUGCAACAGUUUACUGAUCAUUUCUCUAGGCUUGAUGAAUUCUGGUCCACCUUGGAGGAUAUUGACAAUUCCCUUUAUGUGGUGGAUUCAAAAAAGUCAUCUCGGAAUGUACAUUUUCGCCAAAUUGAUGCAGGAAAUGGUUGUUUCAUUAUGCUGUUCAUAAAUCCCAGAGAUCCAAAAUCUUUACCUGAUACUAGCAGGUGCCGAUUUUUGGGUUCAUGUUCUCCGGUGGAUAAUUUGCAAAAGUUGUGGCGAAGAAAUAGCAAAAAAUGGGAUAAGGAGAAGAGGUAUCUAGAAAAUCUUGCUUCCAUUUUGGAAAGCCCACUGCCAAGCCGGCUAGAUAUUGGGAAGAAUGAUCAACAAUCUGAAUGUGGGAUUUGCUACGCUCAUUGUCUUCCUAUUGAUGAUGAGCUUGGAUCUAUGAGCGGUUCUGGAACUGACUACACGUGUGAGAAUGCAAACUGCAAUAGGGCUUUUCAUCGUGUUUGUCUGGGUGACUGGUUGCGCUCCAUAACAACAACAAGGCAGUCAUUCGAUGUCCUGUUUGGCAACUGCCCCUACUGCUCCGACCCAGUUGCAAUCAAAAUGACUGAUGCCAGCAAGUAAUUUUGGUUUCUUCUGUAAUCUCCUGUUCUCGGAAGAACAAUCAAUGAUGGGAAUGGCAGGUUGGCAUUAAUGGGUUGAAGAAAAGCAAGCAGCCAGCAAGGUUGUGAUGGUGAGUGAAAGCAUCUCAGUAACCAACGCCAGCUUGUUGUUGCUCUGUAUAUACGCAGUGCCACUGCUUCUACAGUUCUCAUUAGCCUUAGACCUACGACCUAACAAUCAUUUUGAUGCUUUCAUUUUCACUGGUUCCCUCUCUCCUCAUGCCCUCCCCUUUAUCUUAUUUGUGCAUUAUUGAGUUCCGGCGAGUAGCAGAGAAAUAAAGGGGACGAGCCAAGUCCACUUGUUUCUGUUUCAUAAACUCGUCGGCAGCAUAGUUAGGUGACAUGCCAAUGCCAUCGCAACGAAUCAGGAGAUUUUAAUUGGUGUAGAAGCGUUUGGGACCAAAAUGGUCCCCUAGCAAAUGAGAGCCAGGUCUCUCUCUUUAUUUAAAUUUUUUUUUUGCAGAA